GGCGGGGUGUGUUUGUCGCGCCCGCGCGCCCCGCCCCGAGCAGCCGGCGGCGCAGGCGCAGCGCCCGCAUUCCACGAUGGCGGCGCGGGCGGGAGGCGGCGGGCAGUGCCGGGGCUGAGCGGGGCCCACGAAAGAAGACUGAGGGACAGCACAGCACGUUGCUCACACUACAGAGGUACAGACCGUGGAACACGCACGCCAGCAGGAGCACGCUGAAGGCAAGAGAGAGUCAACGCAGGCGGUUGACGUGAGCGGUUGUCCAUGAAUGGUUCCCAGACAUGAUGGCUGACCAGCCGCCUCCCCUGGAAGCCACGCCGAUCCUGAAUGAAGUGCCGCUUCUACCUCACAUGGUCAAUGGGGACAGCAUUCAGCAGGUUAUUCUUGUGCAGGUCAACCCAGGUGAAACAUUUACAAUCACAACUGAAGAUGGACACAUCCAGUGCAUUCAAGGUCCAGCACAUGUUCCUAUGAUGUCACCAAACGGUUCUAUGCCACCUAUCUUCGUGCCUCCCGGUUACGUAUCUCAGGUGGUGGAAGAAAAUGGAGUUCGUAAAGUGGUGGUAUUGCCUCACUCAGCCGAAUUCCACCCUUCCAUGCAUCCUCCUCCUCCUCCCCCCCACGUGCCACAUUACAUGCACCACCACCACGCUCUGCUUCCCCACCCUCCGCACCCGGUGUACCCGCCGGUUCCUGGCACGGGGGAGCUGCCGCCGCAGUUCAUGCACCAGCAUCCACCACCGCAUGUUUUCCAAGAACAAGAACCACGUUCUCACGGGAGGACAAACUUCAUUCAGCGAGAUGAAAGAAGUCUCAAAAUGCAAGAGCACCUGAAGAAAAGACUAAAAGACAGACAAGCUAGCGGUCAUAUUAACAAUAAACUGAACAGUCCUCCAUCCUCACCACAUAAAGCUCUCAACUCUUCCAAUGCAACACUUCAGAAUGGGAACGGAAAGGGCCAGCAAGGGGCAGGGGCACCGCUAAAGCAGAAGCAGAUAGGAAAAGCAAAGGGCAGUCCGGAUGCAGAGAUGGGAGAAUCUGACACAGAAUCCAGGAAAUGCGAUAUCCACUUGAGCAUCAGCAAGCCAGUCGUUUCUGAUAUACAAGCAAGAUCAGCCGUUCUGUCCUGGAAUCUCCCAGUUAGUUCACAGAAUGGAGAGAGCCAUAGGCAUAGUCCAGCAGCAUUUACAUUUGAAGUAGCAAUAUCCAACAGUGGUAAAAAUGGAAAAUUUAAAUCUGUCUAUGUUGGGGAGGAGUUGACAAUCACGCUUCCUGAUCUCAGACCAGCAACCGAUUAUCAUGCCAGGGUUUCAGCAACCAGCAGUUCCAUAAAAGAAUCCAUUUCAGAAUUAGUGAGUUUCACCACAGAAAGCUGUGAGCCGGAUUGCCCAGCUGCGCCGAAGCUCAUUAACAGAACCAAAAACAGCCUGAGCUUGCAGUGGAAGGCCUCAAAUGACAAUGGUUCCAAAAUAACAAAUUUUCUUUUAGAAUGGGAUGAGGGGAAGAACGGCCCCUUCAAAGAGUGCUACUAUGGGCACCUGAAGCAGUAUAAACUCACCAAGCUCUCCCCUUCCACAAAGUACUCGCUCCGAUUGGCUGCUAAGAACGACAUCGGGAUGAGUGGGUUCAGCGAGACAGUGACGUACUACACAGCCGGUAUCGUGCCCCCGGCCCCCUCGGCCCCGGCGCUGGUGGAAGCGGGAGUUACCUGGCUGUCGGUGAAGUGGAGCCCACCAGCUGGGGUGUCUGCGGACGACUCCCUCACCUACAGCCUGGACAUGGAGGAAGGGGGUUCUGGUUAUGGUUUCCAGCCACAGUACAAUGGAGAUGAACUCUCAUGCACUUUAAGAAACCUUAGGAGGAGUACAUCCUAUAAGUUCAGGCUCUUUGCCUACAACACUGAAGGAAAAAGUAGUCCUAGUGAGGUGGUAGAGUACAGCACCAAUCCUGACAAACCCGGACCACCGAGUAAACCAGCUGUGAAGGGCAAGAUCCAUUCACACAGCGUGAAGGUGACAUGGGAACCACCCAAAGAUAAUGGAGGAUCAGACAUUUCCAAGUACUUUUUGGAACUCUCAGAAGCAUCAGUCGGAAGUAAAUGGGACACCGUGUACAGCGGUUCCCAGAGGGAGCAUGUCUGCGAUCACCUGAAGCCUGGCACUUCAUACAGGGUGAGAGUUUACUGUGUCAGCAAAGGAGGCGAAAGCCAGGCUUCCGACGCUGUGACUGUUACGACAUCGGCCGUUCCUCCGGGCCCCUGCUGUGCUCCGUGCCUGGCCGGCAAAGCGAAGCCCAAGGAAAUCACUUUGCAGUGGGGUCCCCCGUCUGCAGAUGGAGGUUCCGACAUUACAGAAUAUACAGUAGAGAUGGCAAACCCUGAUCAAGAUGAGCGCAUACAAGUGUACCAGGGUCCAGCACCUGAGUGUGUAGUGAACAAUCUGCUUCCGGGGAGAACAUAUUCCUUCUGGAUACGCGCAGCAAACAAAGUUGGGCUUGGCCCUCCCUCCGACAGAGCGGAGAUCUGUACUGCGCCAGGACCCCCCGAUCAGUGCGGCAAAGCCCUGAUAACCUGUAAAAGUGCCACUUGUGUUGUAGUGUCAUGGGAGAGUCCUGGGUGCAACGGUGCAGAAAUUGGUGAAUACCGACUGGACUGGGGCCAGGCAGAAGGGUCGAUGCACAUCAUCUACAUGGGCCCUUGCCAGAGCUACGAAGUAAAAGGCCUCACCCCUGCCACCACCUAUUAUUGCAGAGUCCAGGCUGUGAAUGCUGCUGGUGUGGGGUUGUUUGGUGAGACCGCCAUGGUGACCACCCCUGCGUCAGUGCCUGCAGCAGUGUCCGUACUGCAGCUCCUUGAAGAAGAUCAAAUAGAAACUUCCUUCCCUUUAUCAACGUGCCUUGCUAUUCAGUGGGAAGAACCGUGUUGUCAUGGGUCAGAGAUCACCGGGUACAACAUCGAGUACGGCGAAAAGCAGCUUGUCACUGUCGGAAGAAAUACAAGCCAUGUUCUUGAGAAUCUACUGCCUGACACUCUGUACAGAAUUAGAAUACAGGCUGUAAAUGGCUUUGGAGUUGGUCCUUUCAGUCAUUCCAUUAAAGCCAAAACGAAACCACUACCUCCUGACCCUCCUCAUCUUGAAUGUGUGGUCUUCAGCUACCAGAGCCUUAAACUGAAAUGGGGCGAAGGCCCUAGCAGAGCUUUAAUCACCAACCCGACACAGUUCAACUUGCAGAUGGAGGACAGGUUUGGCAGGUUCGUUACUGUUUAUAACGGCCCUUGUCACACAUACAAGGUACAGCGGCUCAGCGAAUCCACUACAUACUAUUUCAAAAUCCAGGCGUACAAUGAUGCUGGAGAGGGGGAGUUUUCUGAAGUUUACGCUUUCACUACAACAAAGUCUCCACCUGCAUCUCUUAAAGCACCCAAAGCAAAUCAGCUGGAAGAAAACACUUAUGAAAUCACAUGGGAACCUUUACAGCCGAUGAAAGGAGAUGCCAUUGUUUACAUCCUUCAGCUUGCUGCUGGGAGAGACUUCGACCAGGUGUACAAGGGACCAGAGACCUCCUUCCGUCUCACGAGCAUGCAGACAAACUGUGAAUAUCGGGUCAGAGUCUGCGCUGGCCGCCAGUCCCAGGACUCUGCUGGAUCACAAGAACUGUAUGGACCUUACAGUCCCAGUACAGUGUUUUCAUCUCAGAAACUGGAGCUGGCACCGCCCUGUGCCGAUCUGACGAUGGAGCUGGCAGAGACUAAGAAGACACUGCGGGAGGAGCGCUUCAUCGCCAUCGUUCUCCUCUGUGGAUUUGCAGUGGUUGCAAUUUUAUUUGCUGUCGUUAUUCAGUACUUUGUAAUCAAGUAGACAAGCGCCCAUUCAGUACUCAGCUUUUUGUACAGAAGCUCUUUCGGGUAUUUAUGGUUAGUUCUAAUUAAAAUCCUAGCUGGAAACGUGUAGUUCCAUGCGUUUCCACUUUUGCUGCUGGCUAACAGUGAGGCUGGGUUGGCAGAUCCUUUCCAAAUACUGAACACAGAUUUCUUGUAGAAAGGGUAAUCCUGGGUCCUCUGUAAUCAGGGUGAGCUGUUAAUGAAACAGCAACAAACUGCCUUACCGCGCACCCUGGCGUGUGCGCGCUCGCCCUCUCUCCAAAUUUGCAGCAGGGCCCUUUGCCUGGCUGGAGAGAGAAGGCAUUGACAGAACAAGUCCUUUUCCAGUUACAACUCAGCAGAGGCAGUCGAUCCGCGGUGUUUAAUCAGGUAUCAUUGUAGUUUGGUAUAGGUGAAAUACAGCAGCACAAGUGCUUGAGCUUAGAGCAGUCCUGUAUGGCAGAACAUUGCUAGAGCUACCACAUUUAGCAUCCGUAGGCGGAAGGCAGAGCAUCGACUUUGAUGUAGCGGUAGUACUGCUUUACAGUUACUUUAAUCUUUCGGGUUCAGUAAUAAUCAUUUCAAGUGUUGAAGUAGAGGGUGCCGGCAUUUUUAAUCGACACGUUAGCGAGACGUGAUGUGCCUACAGCAAAGGCGUUCGGAUGCGACAUUGCAGGAAAGGCCCCUGGAAUUGUACAUUUCGGAACGAAAUGCAGGCUGCUGGUGAGGAGCAGCUUUGGCCCAAUCCACAUUUCACUCUCAGUGCCUGAGAGAAAAGUAGUUCCCUGUGCUCCGGAUUCAGUCUCUGCCGUGCGUUCAGGAAGGCACAGGUGGUGCCUUUAAGGAGAAAGAGUGCAUUUAUGAUAAAUGUUACACUAUUUGGCUCAAACUGAGCAAAUGUUUUUGUACUAUUCUUAACCUGAAAAUAAAAAGUUCAAACUGCUUUUGGAUGCCCUUCUAACUUGAUCCGAAUUAUCGAAUUGUACAUGAGCAAACUCUUUUUAGCUAACAUUUCUACAAUGUUUUAAAUGACUCGCUAUCCCAGUGGGAGCAGCUUCACAUUCCAUGGUUUUCUAGAUGGGAAUGUUCAGCCUGCUAUGAACUUCUCCGAACCUCGUCCUGUUUGUUGGAGGGGGGGUUGUGGACCAUGUGCACUACAUGGGACUGGUCUUGUGAAAUCCACAUGCAGAUCCCUCCCGAUGAGCAUGUCUGUUUGGUGUCCGAUGUUGGGAACGCUGGAGCUCCCAAGUGUUGAACGCAUUUCAGGAUGGGUCUUCCCGAGAGCGUUUGGAACAUGCCAGAGAGAGGCAGAGGUAGCGUGUUGUGACAAGACUACAGCUCCGCAUUCUGUCCGUCAGAGUGAUGCACUUGUACGUGGAUUGUCGGGUGUGACAGUGCAGCAGGCAAAUAUUCCCAGUGAUUGAUCGCUGUAAGGGUCUUUCUCCUCUGGCAGGUGGUGAACGAUGUUGCGUUAUAGUUUGAGGCAUUGUGUUGUGUUUCAGCUGUGGAAAACCUAAAUUAUGAGAUAGUAUCACUUCAUACUCGUAGAUUUAUGGUGCAAUCUGAAAUUAAUCUUUUCAAAAUGUACUCUUCCUUUUGUACUCUAUUUAUUUUGAUUAAAAGUCCUGGAAAAUGUAUGUUUGAAUGUAUUGUUCUACUUGUAGCAGAACUUUAAGUUAAUCAUUUAUUAUAUCAUAGAAAUCUCUCCCUCCAGUGAUGGAAAGAGUUUUAUACAGACGUUAGUGUUUAGUUUGCAGAGAAGUUUACGAGUUGUCUUCUUUUCUCUUCAUACUCUACUUUCAGCAAAUAAAACUGCCUUCAGCGAAUCCCUGUUGCCAAAGGGUUAUUCCUGUAACUCCGAGAACGACAUUGGUAGAGGUUUAUUUGGCAAUAAUUUUUCUGAUAAUUAGGGUUGUAGAGUAAAUACUGACGAGUCACGGCUCCUAAAGAGGGGGAGAAAGUGCUUUUGUAAUUGCCACAAGACAGAAAAUACCCGGGAAAGCCUCCCAUCACGCGGAUGUUCCAUCAGCUGUUGUCCAUUCUGGAACGAGAGGCCCCCAGUGGCAUUAAUGGGUUAGGGAUCUUCAGUUUUCUUGUAUUGUCAUUUUGAGGUAUCUCAGACUUAUGUUUAAGCUGCCAUGCAUUGUAUUACUAAAUUGUAACUAUCAAAUAGAUAAUAUAUUUAAUACAGCCAAUAAAUAAUACAAAUGUAUUCAAAUUUGA